AUGUCCACUGCCGCGCUCCCCACCCCACCCCACCGCAUUUUCAAGGACACCGUGUUCCUCGUGCAGUCCGUCGGCUGCAAGAGGAAGCAAGUGGGCCACUUCGAGCGCGAGAUCGUCUUCCGUGGCGGUGCCUUCACCCGCCAGGUCACCGACCCCAGCAUCACCCACGUCCUCAUCUGGUCCGUCCUCCCGGCCCCACCUGGCCCUUACACGGCCCCCCAGGACAUCAACGUGAACGCGUGGUCCGGCCACGACCUCGUCACCCGGUUCACCUCGGACGAGUACUCGAACGUCAUCGUCGUCAACACCCAGUUCUUUGUUCUCUGCAGGGAGAGCAAGGCUCUUCUGGGCGAGGACUGCAACUAUGGCGGCAUGCGCAUCAAGAGCGUUGACCACCCCGGCCCCAUGGACACCCACAUCCCGGUUGAACGCGAUAAUGCUGCCCUCCCUGGAAUCCACGCUGGCGCCGCCCUGGUUAUCGUCAUCCUCCUUGUGGUGGCCACCCUCCUUGCCGGCGGCUGGGGCACGGAAGCCAUCUAG